AUGACCAUCAAUCUUCUAUUGUUCACAAUGGCACUGUUCACGCUUCAAUCUUGCACGGAAGCGUGCACUUGCCUACCGUCGCUUCCAGACAAUGCGCAAGCCGAAAAAUAUGCAAAAGACCGCAACAUCAAUUCAUUCUGCACGUACACGCUAAUCUAUUCGAAUUGCCAAGUGUCAAACAUCAAAGUGAAUCCGCGAUGCAAGAAAAUCACGCCGCUGCCGAUUAUUCAUAUACGCGAAUUGAAACAAAGUUUCGCCAUUCAAGAAUCCCUAAUCGGCUUCAAGUGCGCACCAAACGGCCUGCUCUUCAGCGACGAAUUCAAGAACAAAUACAAAAAUUUCGAUUUCUACAAGAAUAUCAUGAAAAAAACUGUAACCGGCUUGGCAAUUUAUCCAUUCAAAUAA